AUGGAAGCUCAAAGGUGCAAGCCAAGUGAAAAGAACAAGGGGAAUAAGCCCCCAAAAGAUCAAUGUCACCCUGGUGAUGAAUGCUAUUCUGGUCACAUGAAGGCAAUUCUUACCAUCAACGACUUUGACAAGGGUGGUGAAUGUAGUGGCAAAUAUUACCACAACUCUGUCCCCGUGGUGGCUCUGUCCACCGGAUGGUACAGUAAAGGGAGACGUUUUGAAAACAUUACCAUCCAUGCGAAUGGGAGAAGUGUGAAAGCCAUGGUUGUCUUUGAAUGUGAUGCAGGUAGAGGUUGUGAUUCUCCACAUGCAUAUACCUUCCACCUUGCCAGAAUAGUAUUGUUGAUGCUUCUGAAGCUGUGUGAAAAGCUUUGCAUGUUCCUAAGAAAGACUCAGGUUGGCUUGAAAUCUUCUGGUCUGAUUAACGAAUCUUGA